AUGGAGGUGGCUCUGGUCGACUUGGAGGGCCUGGACGACGUGGACAGCAGCCUGGAGGAUGAGCUGGAGAGCUACGCAGACGAGACCACCGCUCUCACGGUGGACAUGCCACCGGAGCGGAGCAGCCCAACGAGCGACCAUCCCUUCCUGGCGCCUCAACUCGCCUCCACACCCUCCCACUUCAGCACCUUGCCCCCCAGCAUAUGGGGGUCUUCAGCCUCAAUGGCCGGCCUACAGGCACAGACACUGGCCGUGCCCCAGUCCCCGAAGAUGAAUACGGGGAGCAGACGGGGGCGCACAAGCUGUGCCAGCAUGAUCUCCAACUGGAAGUUGUUGCUAAGCAGCGAGUCCACCAAGGAGAGUGAGACCAUAUACAGCCGCCUAGCGAAGGAGUGCUGCGAGGAUCUGUUUGUUGAUAAGCGUGGUCUUGACGACGGCGACCAGAAGGUUAUAAUAAAUAUUGCCGGUCUUCGAUUCGAGACUCAGCUCAAAACAUUGGACCAGUUCCCCGACACGCUCCUGGGGGACCCGACGAAGAGGAUGGAUUACUUUGACCCGAUGAGAAACGAGUACUUUUUCGACCGGAACAGGCCAAGCUUCGACGGGAUCUUGUAUUACUACCAGUCGGGGGGUAAGAUCCGGCGUCCAGCCAACGUUCCUCUUGACGUGUUUACAGAUGAGAUGAUCUUCUAUGAGUUGGGCAGUGAGGCCAUGGAGCAGUUCCGAGAAGACGAGGGCUUCAUAAAGGACACAGAGAUCCCGCUGCCAACCAACGAAAUCCAUCGGCAGUUCUGGCUGCUGUUUGAGUACCCGGAGAGCUCCAACGCAGCACGGGGCGUCGCGCUCGUCUCGGUCUUCGUCAUCGUCAUCUCCAUCAUCAUCUUCUGCCUGGAGACUCUGCCAGAGUUCAGAGAAGAGUCGGACAUGCUCAUUCCCAGCGGGCUGAAGCCUCUCAACCAAUCCGCGGGCGCGCAGCCACCCAAGCCCCCAACCUUCUCCGAUCCCUUCUUCAUCAUCGAGACGGCCUGCAUCGUUUGGUUCUUCUUCGAGCUGUUCGUGCGCUUUUUGGUGUGUCCCAGCAAGAGCGACUUCUUCCACAACCUGAUGAACAUCAUAGACAUCGUGUCCAUCAUCCCCUACUUUGUCACGGUGGUCACGGAGGUGGUGAGCACACCGCAGGAGCACGCAUCGGCCAACAUGUCCCUGGCCAUCCUGCGCAUCAUCCGUCUGGUCCGGGUGUUCCGCAUCUUCAAGCUCUCCCGUCACUCCAAGGGGCUGCAGAUUCUGGGGCAGACGCUCAAGGCCAGCAUGCGGGAGCUGGGCCUUCUCAUCUUCUUCCUCUUCAUCGGAGUCAUCCUCUUCUCCAGCGCUAUCUAUUUCGCUGAGGUGGACGAGCCCAAUACGCAGUUUGUCAGCAUACCAGAGGGGUUUUGGUGGGCGGUUGUCACCAUGACCACGGUGGGCUACGGAGACAUGUGUCCGAUCACCAUGGGCGGUAAGAUGGUGGGUACCCUGUGCGCGAUCGCCGGCGUGCUGACCAUCGCCCUGCCCGUGCCCGUCAUCGUCUCCAACUUCAACUACUUCUACCACCGCGAAACGGAGGCUGAGGACAAGCUCCCCAUGACCACUGCUGUGGAGGAGGCCAUGAAGUUGGACAUGGAAAACAAACAAGGAAGUAGAACCACGCUGAACAAGUCCAACGGCGUCUGGCAGAAUGACAUAGGGCAAUAAGUGUGGGGGGGGGUUCAAGUUGAAAUAACUUGAACAUGGCUCAAGGAAUAGAGGACACUGAUGAAGAAUUGAACUGUUUUAUGUAGUGCAUCAAUUCUAAUUUAUGCUUGAUACCAUUCUCAACAUUAUUUAAUGGAAACAGAAGAGUUAAUUUAAUGUCAUAGGGUAAUUUAAGUUUAGAAUUAUUUUUGAACGUGUAACUUGUGCAUACAGGACUGUAUAUUUAGGACUAUAUCAUAUGAAUAACUCCUUUAUCCGUUUUCUUUAGUUUCAAUUAUUUUUUCACCAAAUAUCUUACAGCACAAUGGUCGAACUGACUCUACGGUAUGUAUUUUAAUUGAGUGCCUUAUGUUCUAAAUAUAUAGAUUUAUAUAUUUAUGUGGAAUCCGCCAUAUGUUAGUUAAUCAUAGUUCAAAGGCACAUAGGCCUGGUAUUUUAUAAACAAUGUAAUACUUCCACAGGUUUGAGACAAUACUAUAAUCAAACAAUGAGUUGAGUAUGAAAGAACGGAUUGCUCAAACACAUUGCAAUGUAAUAUAUGAGGAUGAUGUCUGGUGUUUGAUAACUGUUUCUGUGAUAAUUAGGAUGAAGACAGUGUAUGGUCUGAUGUUUUAGGACAGACCUUUCUCUUAUCAAUUGCUGCUACCGUGUGAAUGUGAGGACAGCCACAGCUCCAGUGAUAUAUUCUCAUGAAAUGAUUACCUGGGCGAUGGCCACAGUAGCGUGCAGUUUGUCACUCUUAAAGACCAGUACACUGUAUAAUUGGAUGUGUUUGUUUGUACAGUAUGA